GUAUAAACUUAUUGUAGCCUACUUAGUUUUAGUCCUGCCAAACAACAAACCACAAAUCCCUAAAGUUAUUAUAAUUAUUCUAAUUAUUUUUAUUAUUAUUACUCCUAGUUGUUAUUACACUGAAUAUGCUUCCGUAUUUUAGGCUAAGAGGAAUAAACUGGAAAAUUAAACCACGAAGGUAUUCGUACUUUUUGUGCAGACAGGCUCUACUUUGGAGAUAACUGUGUGUAAAAUUUCGCUCAGUAGUUUCCCAGUACGAGUUUCUCUCUCUCAGUGUGUGCGUCCGGUGCGCGCGCGCAUGUGACAUCAUUGAUGGGAUUGGCUCGCCCUGACUGGGGUGGAGAGUCUCCUCUACAGGCUACAGAGGGAGAAGAAGAGGAGUGAGGGACAGAAGGGAGAGUUUCCAUCAGCCACGGAGCUCUGCGCAGGGACAGCUCCACUCAAAGGGUCCCACGCCCCAGAGGACAGUGGAGACUGGGCCCCCCAAAGUGUCCAAACUCCUGUAGGGGGGAUGGACUCUGAAGAUGAGUUUUAGUUAGGUUACAGGUUGACAAGAUGAAGUUCGGGAAGAGUAUCUGCGUACUCAACGUAGGGGGAACCCGGUACGCCUUCACCCGUGAGGUGAUUAGGGAUUUCCCUCUCCGGCGCGUCAGUCGCCUGCAUGCCUGCGCAACCGAGAAAGAGGUUCUUGAACUGUGCGACGACUACGACCGGGACCGGAAUGAGUUUUUCUUUGACCGUCACGCGCAGGCUUUCGUCUUCAUCAUGUUGUACGUGCGCUCGGGUAAACUCCGCUUUGUUCCCGGAGUGUGUGAGCUGUCCUUUUACACGGAGAUGCUCUACUGGGGACUGGAGAGCGCGCACUUGGACUCCUGCUGCCAAAAACGCCUGGACGACAGGAUGUCCGAGAUCGGACUGGACACUCUGUCCGAGGUGGACAUCGGAGUGUCGGGGGAUGAGUCCCAGACCUCGAGCGAGCCUGUGCAGCGGACUGUGCUCACCGGUCGCGCUAAAUGGCUCGAGAAGAUGCGCAAGACAUUCGAGGAGCCCAACUCUUCGCUUUUGGCGCAGCUGUUGGCUUCAGUAUCUGUGAUCUUUGUGAUCGUUUCUAUGAUCAUGCUGUGUGCCAGCACUCUGCCGGACUGGGAUACAGCCAAGAGGACUACAGUGGAGGAGCACAGGAUAGUGGAGGCCGUGUGUAUCGGCUGGUUCACAGCAGAGUGCAUAGUGCGCUUUCUGGUGGCCAGAAACAAGUGGGACUUCCUCCGCCGGCCGCUGAACAUCAUAGAUGUCAUUGCCAUUACCCCAUACUAUGUCACCAUGGCGAUGGCCCGUGCAGGGAUGCCGGGUGCCGGGCUCGGGGUUGCUGGGGUGAUACUGCGGGUGCUGAGGAUGAUGCGAGUGUUCUGGCUCAUGAAGCUGGCCAGACACUUCCUGGGCCUGCAGACACUCGGGCUGACGCUCACACGCUGCUACCGGGAGAUGGUCAUGCUGAUGGUGUUUGUCUUCGUCGCCAUGGCGAUAUACAGUGCCCUGGCCCAGCUGCUGGAGCACGGUUUGGACUUGGGGACGCAGAACCAGGAUUACGCCAGCAUCCCGGCUGCCGCCUGGUGGGUCAUCAUUUCCAUGACGACAGUGGGGUAUGGUGACGUGUACCCUGUGACAAUCGGGGGACGGGUGCUCGGAGGGAUGUGCGUGGUGAGCGGCAUUGUUCUCUUGGCACUGCCGAUCACUUUCAUCUACCACAGUUUUGUACAGUGCUACCAUGAACUCAAACUCCGCUCUGCCAGAUAUGCACGCAGCCUGACAGUGGAGUUACUGCAGUGAAGAAGUAUUAACACCACUCAGCCAAAACAUUAAACUCACUUAAAGAUGAAGUAAAUAACAUCAAUCAUCUUGUUACUAAACAGUGCACCUUGCCACACUGCAAACACUGUUCCACAGUGACCCAAGAACAUGACAAGGAUUUCAAGGUAUCGCCCUUGCCUCCAAAUUUCCCAGAUCCAAAUCUAAUUGAGCAUUUGUGCCGUUACCCCAGAAGUACUCCAAUCCAUGGUGGCGCCUCCUUGGAUCCAACUUGGCUUUGACCUGCUGAUACAUUUACGACCGCUGUACUACUUCUUUUAGUCACUAACUGCCAACAGUUACUUUUAUAAUAAUAAAAAAAAAAGUUUAUUCAUAUAGCUUUGUAACCAACCUUACAAAGUGCUUUACACUUAAAAUAACAGAAAUACACACACACAGGGAAAUUUUAAAGAACAAACACAAAAGAAAAAAUAUAAGAGCAACACACGGGAUGUUUUUUUUUUUUAAAUCUCCUGCAGUGAGUCACUCCUAUAACACUUUGUGAAAACGUCACACCCAUACCUCCCAUGAUCCUGCAUUGAUCCUGUUUUUGUGCUGUUACUAAAUCCUGUGGCAGCUUAAAGGCGAGGCCACUCUGUCCCCUCAUCCUGUGAUCAUACCUUACAUACAGAACAGUACCCUGAACAGGCAGUAUGAAAGGAGCAAGUGUUACUGUAGGUGGUGUCUCUCAAGUGGCAGGAUACAAAGUCAGAACACUAGAUUGUAACAACAUGAACAAUGUUAUUGUCUUCACCCAGCAGUGGCUUGUUUUGGCUGAUCGGUGUGCACAAGCCGGUUUGCCUCCAACACAGAGAAACCCAACACAGUGGACCUUCUGAUCCCAUUUUGAACUAAUGAUCAACUUUCUGCACUGCCCUGUUUCCUGCCUGAGCUGAUUUUAUUUGGCCUGUCUAGUUCCUGCCUGUUGUGUUGAUGAUCUCCAAUGAUUUUCUUCAACCAGCAUGCGCCUGUCUCCUUAACAACGCCACUAGGAUAGAAGAAUAGGAACAGGCAAAUAAUUAUUUAUUAAACACACACAGGCGCAGUCAAUCCAGUUUUGACAGCGGCUGCUGUUUACACUGUAUUCCCAUGGUUACAACAUUGGCAGAGAUGGCUGCUUUUUUUUUUCUCUGCAUCCAGUGCUGUUUAUUUGUCUGACCAUCAGCCUUUCACUUUGUCUAAGCUUUGCACCCAGAUGGUACAAGUUACACAAGACUGAUGUGUGACCUAGAUGCAUUCUGUUAAACCUGUGAAAUAUGGAGAAGGAGCGAACAAGUGAGUGCAAAGUAGGGAUGCAGACAGGGUACGCAGGAGGGCUUAGUGUGCAGGAAGGGCUUAAGCCAUGGGUAAUGAAAUAUGUAGGCAGGUCAGCGAGGAGUACAAGGUGGCAGACAAAUAAAAAGGCAGACGGAUAUAACAGCGCAGAUGGAGUGUGAAAUGGUGGAAUAAAGAUUCGGGACAAAAAAAAUGACAUGAGAUGACAGAAUGUGGAGCAACCCUGAGCGCACAGAAUGAAAAGACAGAGAGUGUGCAUUGCUUCUCCAUUUGUGAGUGAAUGUCAGGCAUUUUGUGUUCCUGCGUCUCCACGGCAACCUCCAUCCUCCGACAUGUCAAUCAUAAUGGUGGUUGAUUUUGUGUGCACACAAAUAGGCCCCGUCCACGCACACACCUCCCGGCUGGCACGCACCAGUUUUGUUUUUGCGGUUUAUUGGGAAAAUGACAGCACAGGAUUAGCUGAUAUUUAUGGAAAAAAAAGAGAGCGGGAGAGUGGAAAAAAUGAACAUGAUGGUUCUGACAUUCAUGAUUCAGACAUGUUUGCGCUGUUCACGGUCUGCCAAGAUGAUAUGAUUUGUUGAAGAGACACAUGAUCCAAACAAACAAGUCAACACCUCUCCCACACAACAGUCUUUCUCUGCAUCUCCACUCCUCUUCCUCCUGUUGCCAUCAACCAUCCUCUUCUUACAGACACACACACACACACUCUUCUGUUGCAAAAAUAAUUAAUGACUGUGUUCAUUAUCUGUCAGUCCUUAAAAGUCUAUAUGUUAUUUCCUCAUGAACUUUGCAGCCUUGUAUGAGUUUAGUAUGCACUGUAGACGGUACAUAUAUCUCAUUGUUGUUGUUGUUGUUAUUGUGUUAUUAAUGUGCUUUUUAAGUCGUCACAAAAAUGACAAAUAAUCAACAUUUUACCACAACACAUAAUUUUCCCACACUCUCGUGGCAUAGCUUACAGCCCAGUGAAUUUUUUUAGCCCGGCCUGAUCGAAACCAUCAAUCCAAACUUUUCUCAUCUAUGAACUUGUAAUUUAUGUGAUUAAUGUAUGAGCUUUUAUAAUAAAUUCAUCUGAGCAAAAUGUCUUUGAGUGUGGAAUUGCUUAUUACAAAUUUAACUGGAUCAUAAAAACUUCAACUGAUAUCAGACUUCACAGUCUGCUUCCAUAGUAUUACAAUACUUUAUAUCUUGGGUUUUCACUAGAGCUGCACAACUUAAGGAAAAUAUGUGAUAAGCAUGGGUGAAUUAUGACACAUUGGGCCCCUGGAUGUGGAUGUGAAAGGCCCCCACACAGGUACAACAUGAAUGUUGUUUCUCCCCACAGAGUUGAAGUCCUACAGCUAAACUGAGGGGAUUAAAGAGGUAUUUCAUUGAUAUAAAGAGAAUCCUUACAUAAAACUAGGCUGUCUCUGCAAUAGAGAGACACAAAUACUUUUGAAAAAAGUGCUACAUGAUCAGA